AUGGAGGAGGAAGGGGUGGCUCCAGAGCUGCUGACCACCUGGUCACAGGACCCGGUGACCUUCCAGGAAGUAGCGGUGGACUUCUCCCAGGAGGAGUGGGCCCUGCUGGCCCCCGCUCAGAAAAUCCUGUACCGCCAUGUGAUGCUGGAGAACUACAGGAACCUGGCCUCCGUGGGGUAUCAUCUCCGUAAACCCAGCCUGCUCACCCAGGAGGAGCUGAGGACCAAGAAGAGGAGAAUUCUCCAAGACGCCUGUGCAGGAAAAAAAAUUCUGUACCUAAGAAGCCUUAUGAAUGUGGCCAUGAUGGAACCUUGUGUCCGAGUAUUCCCUCUACUCAAUUUGUGUGCUCUGAAAGUGGUAGCAACUUCUAAGGCACCAACUCAACCUGGAGAGAAACCCCAUGAACACAGUCUGUGUGGAAAAGCCAUCAGAAGGAAUCCUGACCUUAUUUUGCCCAAGAGGAAUUACACAGGAAUGAAACACAGCGAACGUAAAGAACAUGGGAAAGCGUUUAGUUAUCCUUCAUCCCUUGGGAUCCACAUGCAAUCUCACGCUGGUGAGAAACCCUACGAAUGUUCUCAGUGUGGGAAAGCUUUCAGUCGCUGCUCGUCUCUUAGGACACACGAGCAAACUCACACUGGAGAGAAACCAGGUAAGUGUACCCAGUGUGGGAAAUUCUUCAGAUCCAGCUCAAGCCUCGCCAUACACAAGAGGAUGCACACUUGGGAGAAACCAUACGAAUGCAGUGACUGUGGGAAGGCCUUCAUCAGGAGCAGUGACCUGACUAUGCAUAAGAGAGUACACACUGGGGAGAAACGCCAUCUGUGCAGUGACUGCAGCAAAACCUUUAGCAGGAAGUUCCAUCUGACGGUGCACAUGAGAACCCAUACUGGGGUGAAGUGCCGCCAAUUCAGUGACUGUGGAAAUGCCUUCUAUAGGAGUUCUAAAGUGACUGCCCACAAGAGGGUACACGCAGGGGGGAAGAUGUAGCAGUGCAACGACUGUGGGGAACUUUCCAGUAGUCAUUCAUCACAUAGGAAACGUGAGAAGUCACAGUAAAGACAAGUGUAGGAGUGGAAGCAGGGAAAGCCUCAUCCAUCUCACAUGACAGCAACUCUGUGAAUAUCUUCAGUAUGGGGAAGCCUUCUGCUGGUACUUAAACUACUGCACAAGGAAAUUCAGAGUGGCAGAGAAACCAUAUAAAUGUGAAGAAAGUGGGAUUGCUUUUAUCAGGGCCCUAUCCUGAGGCUGGAAAUCUAGCUCAUUAAUUUUCAGUCUGUGUUUUUGAAUAUGAGCAUUUAAGGCCAUAGAUAUCCCUCUAAAUACCCCAUUUGGCUAUAUUACAUGAGUUUUGAGCUAAGGUUUUUAAAAUUUUGGUUUAGUUCUAAACAUCAUCUGAUAUCUCUGUUAGAUCUAUUUUAACUCACAGUGUCACGUUACUUUUUAAGCCUGUCAAGAUGCUACUUCAUUUGAAUUUCAUCCAAACUCUCUCCUUCCCCCAAAUCCUAUAAUAUCCACGUGUCUUCUUUGGUUUGGUUGGACACCCUGAGGUUCCUCACGUGUGUGGUCUACCUGGUUGCAACAAGCUGGUAAACCUGACUUUGUCAGACUAUAGGUUUUGUCCCUGGUGGUCUUUGGCUGAUUGUGUUGGGACUGUAACCUGUAGUCAUAAAUACUACAAGCCUCUCAUCUUCUAAAAUGUUUCCAAAAUAUCCUUCUAAAAUGUCUUCUAAAAUAUUUUCCUAUCCAUUAUUGAUUUUUAUAUGUGGUGUCAGGAGGGGCCCAAAU